UUAAGUUACAACCAUAUAAAAAAAAUCGAUUUGGUCGAAAACUGGUUUUACGUAAAAAUUUCCGUUUUUCCGUCACUUUUUUUGUGUUUUUCUUGAUUUUUUUUUAAAACUGUUGGAAAAUGUUUACUUUUGACCUCUAUAAUGCACUAAGGAUAUUCACUUUGCCAUCGGAAACCACCACUGAAGUUUGAAAUUGAAGCAUUAUUUCGACUAAUUCAGCCGUACACAGACACCAAAAAACACACAUCAUUGUAUAGAAUCAAUACUAUAUACUUCAUCACUCUGUUCAGAAUCUAAAAUACAGUCAUUUUUAUUAUAACUUUUAUUUUAUGUACGAAAUUCAUUUUUAUUAGGUACAACUUUUAUUUUAUGAAUUUUGUUUUUUUUCCGUUGGUUUUUUUUCCUGUUGGUUUUUUAUUUUAGUUUAUUUUUUACGUGGUUUUUUUUCCUUGGAUAUUUUUUCCGGGAUUCGUCAAAUGUACAUCGUUAUAAAACAUGAUUAUAAUUUAUAGGCUAUAAAUACGAUACAAAUUAUUGAAAUCUAGCCAUAAAAUUUUCCUAUUUAAAGUGUCCUGCACUUCCCGAAUCGAAAGAUUCACCAGUUCUCAAAAAAAAUAUUCGCUAUUUGGAGGUGUCUAUUAGGGUCGCAUCUACACCUGCAGGUGUCCUGACUCCCGAUAUACUAUAAAUACAGACAUUUAGGUGACGCACAUUCCAGAAAUAAUAAAAUCGUCAAACCAGCCCGUCGUUGAUUUUGGUUUUUACAACAUUUCACUUUUCGAGGUGUAAAUACAUUUUAUACAUAUAACGAAACGCGACAAUAUGAACCGCGGAUUCGUAUCUUCGGUGGAAGUCUGUGUACUCGUGUUGACCGCCUUUGCCGUCGUACACCACGCGAGUGCAGAGUGCUGGGACACGGGCUGUCAAAUGGAUUCGUGGCUGGUCAAGGGCUGCGAGAAUUAUGGCAUGGCGGAGAUCAAGCGCAAGCCGUGCGGCGGCGGACACGUGUACUCGUGCUGUCACCGUUCGAAUUCGGAAGAUUCUUCGAACGCGAUCGAACGGCUGAACAAAAACGGAGACCUCACCUACUAUAAGUUGGGGUUGACGGCGUGCGGCCAAGUGUACGCCGACAGCGACAUGGUUGCGGCUAUAGCUUUUGGCCAUUUCACCGCGCCGAAUCCCAAUUCGGAUCCCAUGUGCGGCAGACGGGUGAAAAUAAUGGACCCGACCACGUCGAAAUCCGUCGUGGUGACCGUGAGAGACAAAUGCGAAGCCUGCAAGAUGAACGAUAUCGACGUGUCUCCGUCUGCGUUUGAAAAACUUAAACCGAAGGCUGUUGGUAGAUUCAAAGUGGUUUGGGAUUUUAUUUGAUAUUUUAUUAUUAUAUUAUCGUAUGCGUAUAUGUACGGUGUACUCGAGUGAACUUAUUACAGCUUUUAUUUAAAAGUAUUUUAUGAUAUUAAUAUAUUAUUGAUUACUACCUAUUAUUUAUAUACAAUAUACAUACCUACUUAAAUACAGUAGGUCGUAGGUACCACCCAUAGAGUAAUAUAAAAAUAUUACCUCCUAUAUAUCUAUAGAUUUUUCAAUUUUUGUACAAUUAUAUACCUAUGAAAUUAUUUAUUAAUAUUUAAUAUAAUAUCAAUAAUAAUAAUGUAUAAUAAUAAUUAUAUUGUUCUGUGAGAGUGGCAUCAAUGCUUCAUGGCGUUUAUUGUAAUCUAUUUCGUUGAAAAACAUUAAAAUAACGUGUUAAAUUGCUUAACAUUGUAUUAUAUUAUAUCUUACUGAUUUUUGGAUUUCAUA